AUGGGGAAGAUUAUCUUCUAUGAGGACAACAACUUCUCUGGGCACCAUUUUGAGUGCUGUAAUGACUGUGAGGACUUGUUAAGCCGACUCAGCCGCUGCAACUCAAUCAAGGUGGAGAGUGGUUGCUUCAUGAUCUAUGAAAAACCCAAUUACUCUGGUAACCAGUACUACCUGAAGAGAGGAGAGUAUCCGGACUUCCAUCACUGGAUGGGUGUCAACGAGUCUGUCAGCUCCUGUCGUUACAUCCCUACGCCUGGGAUGUUCAACAUGCGCCUGUAUGAGCGGAUCGAGUUUGGGGGUCAGGUGAUGGACCUUGUGGAUGACUGUCCCAGUGUCAUGGAUCGCUUCCACGUUAAUGACAUCUUCUCCUGCAACGUGAAAAAUGGCAACUGGCUCUUCUACGAGCACCCAAACUACCGGGGCAAGAUGUACCUGAUAAGGCCUGGAGAGUAUAAGAGGUUCAGUGAGUGGGGUGGCAGGAGUGCCAGAGUCGGAUCCAUCAAACGCAUCAUGGACUAUUGA